CUGGGGAAGGAGGAGGCCAGGCUGGAGCUAAAGCGAGUCGCUGUGCAGAGGAAUGGGCGACGUUUGAUCGGAGAAGUAUUUCUAAAGAUCUGCCGCUUGGGAUGGCCUUCACCAACACUACCAUGCAGAUAUUAGCCAUGUGAAAGAUCUGGCGGAACAUAAUGGGGAUGGCUGAGAGGUCGUGUGUGGCGGUGAGCAGCUGAGGUCGGCUGUGAUCUGGGUCUUCUCUUCUGACUGAGAGCAUGUACAGGAGGAAUGGACUUCCUGCCAGCGUCAGCAUCACCUCUCGCCACACACAGGACAGCAGUAGUUCUGAGUCCCUGGAUGGACGGAGCUUGGACUCUGCCAAGAGCUUUGACGCGGUGGUGUUUGACAUGCUCAAAGUGACACCUGAGGAGUUUGCUAGUCAGAUCACUUUGAUGGAUGCUCCUGUAUUCAAAGCGAUACAGCCUGAGGAGCUGGCGAGCUGUGGAUGGAACAAGAAGGAGAAGCACAGCCUUUCACCCAACGUUGUGGCCUUCACGCGGAGAUUUAACCAGGUCAGUUUCUGGGCAGUGAGGGAGAUAUUGACGGCUCAAACACUGAAAAUUCGAGCAGAAAUAUUGGGCCACUUCAUCAAAAUUGCCAAGAAACUGCUUGAGUUGAAUAACCUGCACUCUCUGGUGUCGGUGGUCUCAGCCCUUCAGAGCGCACCCAUCUUCAGACUGAGCAAGUCCUGGGCGUUGAUCAGUCGAAAGGACAAGGCCACCUUUGAGAAGCUUGACUUUCUGACGUCAAAGGAAGAGAAUUACAACCGUAUGAGAGAGUACACCAGGUCCCUCAAAAUGGCUCCCUGCAUCCCCUACCUAGGAAUUUACCUGUUUGAUAUGACCUACAUUGACUCCGCCUACCCUGCUUCUGACAGCAUCAUCGAGACUGAGCAAAGAACCAAUCAGAUGAACAAUCUACUGCGCAUCAUCUCCGACCUACAGGUGUCCUGUAACUAUGAUCAUUUGGUCAUGUUACCACACGUGCAGAAGUAUUUGAUGUCUGUGCGCUACAUCGAGGAGCUUCAGAAGUUUGUGGAGGAUGACAAUUACACGCUAUCGUUGAAGAUUGAACCUGGGAACAGCUCACCUCGUCUGGUAUCCUCCAAAGAAGACCUUGGAGGACCCUCAGAAGUGUAUAACCUUAGUCGGUAUAACCGACGACCGACCUGUCCUGAUACAUCAGUGGUUGCCCACCUCCCAACACCACCCCCUGCCCGACACAGAAAGAGCCACAGUCUGGGGAAUAAUAUGAUGUGCCAGUUUGGUGUAGUGGAGAGUAAAAGUGCGACAUUCCCUGCAAAAGAAAAGGCUCGACACCUACUGGAUGACAGCUUCUUAGAGUCUCACAGUCCUGUCAGAAACCACACACAUGAUUCAGUAUUUACCAACGGCAUCUCACUGGGCAGUAGAGAGAGCUCUUUUAGUGAUGAAUUAUCAAGUACUGUUGAGAGAGGCCGUAUGUACGCAACACUUGGUCCAAACUGGCGAGUCCCAAUCUGUAACUCUCCUAGAAGCAGAAGUUAUAUGUAUAGCACCCCAGGGUCCGUAUCCAGCUAUGAAUGCAGUUCUUUGAGCAGCAUAACCAUUGAAGGACCCCUGCGGAGAAAGACACUGAUGAAGGAGGGUAAAAAACCAACUCUCUCAUCCUGGAAGCGCUACUGGAUUGUCUUAUCCGGCUCCAUUCUCAUCUAUUUUGGUUCUAAAGCUCUAAGAGCAAAUGAGCGAAGACAUUAUAAAUCCAGGCCAUGUAAAAAGAUCACGCUGACAGGUUGGAUUGUGGUGCUGCCAGAAAACCCUGAACAUCCAAAUAUUUUCCAGCUCACUGAUCCUGAAAGAGGUAAUGUUUACAAGUUCCAGACUGGAUCACGUUUCUCUGCCAUUAUCUGGCACAGACAUCUAGCUGAGGCUUGCAGGACUACAAGACCACAGAUACCAGCAAACCUCAUGUCCUUUGAAUAGCUGCUUUUUGGAAAGUCGGAAACAAAUGAGAGGAACAAACCUAAUGGAGAAAGACAUUAUAGUAGAAGAGUUUGUGCGAAGGUGAUGUUCAUGUUAAGACUGAAAGGCCUAACAUAUUUGGAAAUGUGGCAGCUGUAUCUGGUGAAAAAGUCCAAAAUGUAUUCAAACAUUGUUGACACAGCUGUAUCGAGAGGAUGGUCUUGUCUCGAGUUUAGCUGUACCCCUUUACAAGAAGGUUUGGUAACACUUUAUUUUACAGUGUCCUUGUAAACGUUACAUGUAAUUACUAUAGUAAUAACUUUAAAUUCUGCAUAUUUAUAUGCAACUAACCCUAAACCAAACCCGAAUCCUACCCCUAACCCUAUAGUAAGUACACAUAGUUAAUUAAUAUUACUCCGUACUUAAAUGUAUAGUUUCACUGAAACAUGGACACCUUAAAAUAAACUGUAACCUAAGGUUCAAUUUGUUAACAUCAGUUAAGGCAUUAGGUUUCAUGAAUUAACAAUAAACAACCAUUUUGAUAGCAUCUAGGUUAUUGUUUGUUUAUAAAUAUACUAUUCAUUGUUAAUUCAUGUUUGUUCAUAAUACAAUUCUUUUUAUUUAUACAAUAAUAUAUGAUUGCUGUUAACAAAUUGAAACCUUAUUGUUAUUUUUACCUGACAAACCUAAGGUACACGUGAAAUGUAAAUUACAUGUAUAAAAUAACUUUGUCUAAUAGAUGUCUUCAUGUGAUUAAGUGCCAAAAUGAUGACCUUUGUAUUGUUAAAUCUCGUAUAGAUUUAUGUUCCAUUCAUGUUAGAUUUUAGAGCAAACGUGAAA